AUGGAGAGGAAUUUCGUGGCAGAAGAUGAGCGUACAGAGGGAUUCACCCAUGUGGUCCUCAUAACCACCGGGAGUGUGGCCUCGAUCAAGGCGCCUCUCAUUGUCGCGGAGUUACUCACGUACAACAAUGUCAAGGUCGAGGUAGUAGCCACCGAGGCCUCCCUAUCAUUCUACGACCACCAAGAAAUAGAGAAGACCGGUGUCAGAGUCUGGAGGAACAAGGAUGAAUGGGGACCGUAUGGGGAUUACAAGAUCGGUGACCCUAUCCUACACAUAGAGCUUCGGCGUUGGGCGGACAUAGUCCUUCUCGCUCCUUGCUCCGCGAAUUCACUGUCCAAGAUCGCCAACGGCGUUUGCGACAACCUAGCAACGUCUCUGUUACGGGCCCUUGCUCCGACGACGCCAACUUACGUUUUUCCCGCCAUGAAUACGCUAAUGUACGAGCACCCGCUCACAGAGCAGCACCUACGCGUCGUGCGUGAGGUCAUUGGAUACAACGUCGUCGGCCCCAUUGGCAAGAAGCUCGCAUGCGGUGACAUCGGUCUCGGAGCCAUGACUGAAUGGCGGGACAUCGUCCAAAUCGUCGUCGACCGAUUUAACCUGUCGAAACGGGCGACGGAGUGA